UACAGAAAUUGUCAAACCUUAAUAAAUUGCUAAAUGUCCUAGUAUUAUGAUUACUAGUAGCUUGCAAAACAUCAUUUUAAGUACGUUACAUGCUUUAUAUCCUUCAUAAUUAUUUAUUCUCAUUUCCCUGGAGGGUUACUUGUUUUCACAUCUGUUUUGUCCACAUCCCUAAAUGUAGCAAUUGAGAUUCUUGUUUGUCAUUUAUCACAUAAGUUUAUUCAGAGACAAAUUCAAGAUUUAGAGUUAGUGAGUCCAGGAUGAGUGCGAUGUUAUUAUUAUGUGUAUACCUUUUAAAUUUUUGCUUAUUAUAUACAUAGUUCGAGCCAAGCCCUUCUCACUUCUAUCAAGUACAGAAACACAACAGAAGAAACUAACUUAUCUGCUCAUCAUAUUCUUGUUGAGCAUGUCUGAAUCUCAGACUUCUGUAAAACUUCCCAUUUUCGACGUUUCAAGACCUUUGAGUUCAUCUUCCCUUAAGUCCCUUUCUUUAGCUUGUAAAGAAUGGGGUUUUUUUCACAUCAGCAACCAUGGAAUUUCCAGAGAUUUAUGCAGACAACUUCAUUUCCUUUCUAACCAGAUAUUCCAUCUCCCUUGUGAUGUAAAGCUGAAUGCUGGACCCUUAUCAAAUAUAAAAACCUACACUCCCCAUUUCAUUGCUUCACCUUUCUUUGAGAGCCUGAGGGUGUCUGGACCUGACUUCUUUGCCUCAGCACAAAGCACUUGCCAAGCCCUCAUCAACCAGCCAAUUCCAGAGUUCAGUCAUGCAAUGGAGGUUUAUGGGAGCAAAAUGGAAAAACUCUCCAAAAGCGUUGUUGAGGUCAUACUGAUGAGCUUAGGCCCUGAAUUUGAGCAGAAAUUUGCAUCUGAAUUUAACAAGUGUCAUGGCUAUCAUAGAGUGAUCAACUAUACUCCACCCGAAUUCACGAAACAAGAAGAAGUUGAAGGGCUAGGGAUGCACACUGACAUGAGUUGCAUAACAAUAGUGUAUCAAGAUGAAGUUGGUGGUCUUCAAGUGAGAUCCAAACAAGGCAAGUGGAUGGACAUUGAUCCUUGUCAAGACACACUUGUUGUUAAUGUUGGAGAUCUCUUACAGGCUUGGAGUAAUGGGAAAUUGAGGUCAUCUGAACACAGGGUUGUGCUAAAAAAACCUGUAAGUCGAUUUUCCAUCGCUUUCUUUUGGUGCUUUGAAGAUGAGAAACUGAUUGUUGCACCAGAAGAGAUUGUGGGGAAUGAAAACUUGAGGGUCUAUAAGCCUUUUGUUUGUGCUGAUUAUUUGAAGUUUAGAGAAAGCAAUGAGAAAGGCAAGUUUGAGAAAGUUGGUUUCACUGUCAAACAUUUUGCAGGUAAAUAAUCAUCAUGAUUAUAGCAUUUUCUUCUUCCCGUUUGGUGUGUCUCUGGUGAAAAACAUUUUUCUGUACAAGUGAGGUUAUAAACAAUUAUACACAAUGGAGUUUGUCGUUCUUCUAUUUCAAUGUCCUAAGUUAUGAAUUCUAUGUAUGAUACGUUUUUUCUGA